AUGGCGAGUUCCGAAGACGAUUAUGACGUACCGGCCCAGAGUGUUUGGACACUCAAGGCCCGGCGUGGGGGUAUUGCCGUCCCAGGCACCCCUAUGUCGUCAUCUCAUGAUGGGCUACCCGUUGCCUGCACCGCAGGAGCGACGGGCGAAGUAGCUACUGCGAAGCGCGUGAACGUAUUGGCGCUUGGAGCGCGCCGUAUGUUUGGCGGGACAGCCCCUCCCAAGGGGACCAGCGCAGGAGGCGCCUUCCUUGGAGAGGAAGCGACCGGUAUGCAGAGAGAACGUUCUCGUUCCCUUCUGCCACCUGACGUUUCGGGGUCUCCGCCGCCGUCGGACGACUCCGACAUCAUGGAGGUGGAGGAGUAUAUCUACCAAUCCGGCCCCAGCACCAGAAGGGGUACGGGAAAGAGAGGGAGACCACCCACGACGGUUCCGCCAGAUUUGGUUCUGAAAGUGAACGAGUGCGUCCAAAUGGUCAACAAAGAGUUACCGGGAGCGCACCGUCUGACGAUUGGUCAGAUCGAGGAGAGCCCAGCGGGAAUUUCAUUUCUGGUAAGAAAUAUCAUCUUGAACAAACCGAAUCCAACAUUUGUCUCAUCUCCGCUUUCGAAUGGGUCUUCCAAGAGCAAUGAAGAUCAAAUCUCGCCGGCGGAAAAGUUGCUUCUACAAAAAAUCAUAUGAAAAGAAUUGGUGGAGACAAUAAAUAAUGUAGAAGUUCGAAGAAAAGAUCCUAAUUCUCCAUUAUACAGUGUGAAAACAUUUGAUGCAUUUCACANGAAACCUGAAUUGCUAAAAGGAAUCUAUGCUAUGGGAUUUAAUGCACCUUCAAAGAUCCAAGAAACUGCUUUACUUACAUUACUGGCUAAAUCCAAUACGAUAGUACGGUCUCAGUCUGGCACCGGAUAGACAUCUGCGUUUGUAUUUGCCAUGCUAGUCGAUGCGACAAAGAAUUAUCCGCAAGUGCUUUGUCUGUCGCCNACCUACGAAUUGGCAAUUCAGACUGGUGAAGUAGCUGCGAAAAUGUUAUGCUUUUGUCCUGAGAUAAAACUAAAAUAUGCAGUCAGAAGAGUAGACAUGGCUCGUGGGUCAAAAGUCACCGAGCACAUCAUUAUAGGAACACCAGGAAAAGUGUUGGAUUGGGGAUAAAAGUUUAAAUUUUUUGAUUUGAGUAAAAUAUCUCUAUUUGUGCUUGAUGAAGCUGAUGUAAUGAUCUCUACUCAAGAUCAUCAAGAGCAGUGUAUUUGUAUUCACAAAUUACUCCCCCGUACGUGUCAAAUGCUGUUCUUUAGUGCGACGUUACUUACAAUCGACUAUCUGCCGACGUUGCGAAUAACAAUCAACAAAAGCUAUAAAAAAAAGAAACAAAACAGGCAAUACCAAAGAAGUCUCCGCGACAACACAAACACAAUAAUUGCUGCUUGGCACGUCUCCACGCAUCUCCAGGGCUUAUUACUGUAA